AUGAGCGAGCGGUCGAAGCAGUGGCUGGCGUACGACAGAGAACACGGGACGCUGUGGGGUCGGGACUGGGCGUACUACCGUUUGCUGCAGCAGCGGCUGCCGGCUUCGAUCUCGCUGCAGCAAGCAGCAGCAGCAGCACGGCGCGCGCCCGCGGAGCUGCUGCAGCAGCGCAGAACCCUCAGCAGCAUCAAACUUCGAGAAGACCUUUCUUGUCCCAUUUGCAUGUCCAUUUUAGAUCACACUGUUGUCGUCAAGACUUGCCUCCACCGCUUCUGCGCAGAGUGCAUCGAGAAGUGCGUCCGCAUUGGCAUUCGGGAGUGCCCCCAGUGUCGUUCCCACGUGGCCUCGCGCCGCAGUCUGCGCCCCGACGGCGCGCUGGACAGAGUUGUGCGUCGUAUAUUUCCUUCUUUGAAAGCUUUUGAAGAGAAGCACCAUGUGCUGCUGGCGCGGGCGAACCAGCGGUUGAAUUCGAGUCAAGGAGCAGCAGCAGAGCACGCUGCUGCUGCUGCUGCGGCCGCAGCAGCAGCAGCCGGCGCGCCCAGCGCCAGCGGAAGUCCCGCGCCAGACGCCCUCGCUGCAGCAGACCCCGCUGCUGCAAACAAACGCAGCUUAGCGGCAGCUGCGGAGCUGCAGCAGCAGCCCUACAAGAAGCUUGCAGCGACUCCCAGCAGCAGCAGCAGCAAACUGUAUCCCGGACUGUUCCCCCGCGCGCCAACCCCUGCCGCUUUCAUCGACGCCUCGGGCCAGCCGGUGCCGCGGCAGCAGCAGCAGCAAGGGAGGGCCUCAGGUUCAGCUGCUGAAGCAUCAACAGGCAGCAGCAGCAGCAGGUAUCUCACCAUGGCCAUGCAGGCGGUGCUGCCGCCCCUGGAGAAGAAGCGGAUGCGGCGAGAGCUGUCUGUGCUGCUGCGGAAACAGCAGGUUGCAGCAGCAGCAGCAGCAGCAGCAGGAACUGCGGCGGCGGACGCGAACCCAGAAGCAGCAGCACCGAUGAAGCUGCGCUUUGAGCUAAUCCCCGACCCGCUGCUGCCGCAGCUGCCGCUGCUGCAGCAAAACAAAUUCUCCACUGAAGGCCACAGCACAGUUUUGCAGCUGUGUCGCUUCAUUGCUGCGCGCCUCAACCGCCAGCUGCAGCAGCAGCAGCAGCAGCAGCAGCAGCAAAUCGGGGAGCUGCGGCUCUACACCAAAGAACACCGCGUCCCCUUCGGCCCCAAUGUAACUCUUGCUGCUCUCCACCAGCUCUCUUUGGCUUACCCCACGGAGUCUCUUGUGGUGUACUACACAACAAGAAACUAUGGAGAUGAGGGCGGCGGUGCAUUGAGUGGCAUUCGUGGACACCUGACUGAGGUAUCUUUGCUGCUGCCUGCUGAAAGCGCAGCAGCGAGCCGCGCUCAUUCGCAGCAGCAGCAGCAGCAGCAGCACGGCGGGGGGCGUGGAGGGGCCCUACAGGAAAGGGCCUCAAGCACUCCACCGGGAAGCUCUGCUGGUGGAGGCCCCCGCCCUGCUGCUGCUGUUGCUGCUGCUGCAGCCUCCCCUCGAGGUGCCAGCAGCGGCAAAAGUGCACACAGUUACUCCAGGUCCGCAGCAGCUGCAACGACAGCUGCAGCCACCUCCGCUGCUGCUGCAGCACGAGAAGCAGCAGCAGCAACAAUGCCCCCAAUAGCGGGGGCUCCCUCUGGGACCCCACUCAGGGGCGUGGGGACCUCACCAGCAACAGCAGCAGCGGGAUCAGCAGCAGCAUCAGCUGCAGCACCCCAAAGGACACUUGCGGCUACUGGGAUGCACACUAGCGCGACAUCGGCUGCGCGGCGCGUUCCCGCUGCAGCAGCAAGGACGGCAGUAAUAGCAGCAACAGCGUCAGCAGCAGCAGCAGCAGGGAGGAUGCAUGUGGCUCCAGCUGCUGCUGGCUCUCCAGCAGCAGCUGCAGCGGGAGCUGCGCAGCUCGGACGGCCGGCUGCUGCUGCUGCAGUGAGUCCAGCGGGUGUCCUUGCUUCUCUUCCCGCAGCAACAGCAACAGUAGCAGCAACUGCAGCAGCAGUGUCACUGCAGCAGCUGCCGGGAGUCAGUGCUGCAGCAGGGCCCCAGUGGCAAGGGGCCCUCCAGGGGCCCCUCAACACCCUAGGGAAGCCGCAGCUGGCAGGGGGGCCCCCCUCGCUGCAGCCAGCCAGUGGGGGCGGCCCGUGGCGGCCUGCUGCGCCGGGGCGUUAG